CACUCCCGAGCCGCCGGCGCCGGCCGUUGAGGUCCGGGGGCCCCGGGCAGUCGGGGAACCGGGUGCUCGUCCGCCUACCGCCACCAUGUACGGCUCUCCGACCGGCACCCGCAAGCAGGCCAACGUCGCCGUGAGUGCUAGCUCACAACUGAGGAAGUCUAUUAGCUUCAUCAACCCAGCAAAAUCAGCUACAGGGAAACUAUAUCCUGGUGCAAAUCAAAGCAGAUUGGGUGUGUCCAGAACUAUGGUUGCUGUGCCUGAAAUGAAAGCAGCAGAUAAAAUGGCUCUUUCCAGCAUUAAGACAAUAAAGGUAUUUGAUGACAAAGGAGUUGAUGUUACUCCUCGACCUCUCUACCACCCAGAUCCACAUGUCGGAACAGCAAAGCCAAAUAAACUAUUGUCUUCACAAGAAGGAUCACUUGGAUCGGAUUUUGUUUCUUCCUAUGGCCUGUAUCAGAAUACAAUAAAUCCUAGUACGAUAGGGCAGUUUACAAGGUCAGUUUUAGGAAGCAGUACCAUGUCUAAGUCGAGUAUAUCAACAACUGAAUCAAUGACGGAGGACCUAGAAAAACCAUCUUACAAAAGAGAAAGACUGAGUAGUUUCACAGAUGUGCGAGUUAUGAGGACAACACCUGGAACCCUUAUAACAAAAGAAGACCUGGAGAAGAAUAUAGAGAUAAUGCUCACAGAGACAGAAACACUGAGAUUUUUUGACCUGCCAACAGUCAUGAUCUCAGUAGAAUCUGAAGAAGCUGAGAAAAUCAUGAAGAGAAAUAAGAAUUAUGAAGCUCUCUGUAAAAACAGGAUAGGCAAUGACUUGUAUGUAGAGAGAAUGAUGCAGACGUUUAACGGAGCACCAAAGAAUAAAGAAGUUCAGUGUGAUAAAAUCAUAAUGGAAGAAAAAGGAGUAAUGGCCACUGCCUGGGACUUGUAUGAUUCUUACAAUGCUCUAGAACCUCCGUUAUCAGCACCAGGAUCUGCAAUUGGAGCAACUAGUAAAGCAAAUUUACUUCCUAAAGAUCGGGACCAGAGACUACAAGAGAGUAAUGUGGACAAAACUAGUGAAUCGAGUUCCCUAAUGGAUAUAGAAAAUGUAAUUCUGGCUAAGGUUCAUGAAGGUGAGGAAGACCAUUCAGAAGCAAUAUUAAAAUCUGAGAAGCUCCAGCAGGACUUAUUUUUCAUGGAACGGGUUCUGAUGGAAAAUGUAUUUCAGCCAAAGCUUGCAACUUAUCGUCAGCUCCCUAUUUUAAAAGAACCUGAACCUGGAGAGUCUAAAAGUUUGGAAGAAGAAAAACCUGAUAAAGCAGAGGAGGAAGUUAAAAGAGAGGGCGAUGAAGAAAUAGAAAUAAGCAUAGAACAAUCAACAAUACCAGCCAAUCUGGAACGACUUUGGUCUUUUUCCUGUGACUUAACCAAGGGCCUUAAUGUGAGCAGCCUUGCCUGGAAUAAAGUAAAUACUGACCUUUUGGCUGUUGGCUAUGGGCACUUUGGAUUUAAAGAGCAAAAAAGAGGAAUGGCUUGCUGCUGGUCAAUAAAGAAUCCCAUGUGGCCAGAACGUAUUUUUCAUAGUCCACAUGGAGUUACUUCUGUGGAUUUUUCAAUCAGCUCACCUAAUCUGCUAGCAGUCGGCUAUCAUAAUGGCACAAUAGCAAUUUACAAUGUACAGAGCAGCAGUAAUGUUCCAAUUCUGGACAGUAGCGAAUCACCUCAGAAACAUUUGGGACCUGUAUGGCAAGUGCAGUGGAUAGAGCAAGACAGAGGAAGUACCAGCAACGACAAAAGAGAGACCUUAGUCUCUGUAUCAGCGGAUGGAAGGGUCUCCAAGUGGACUAUACGGAAAGGACUGGACUGUCGUGACCUGAUGCGACUGAGGAGAACCGCGACUGCCAACACCAAAAAGAGCACGGAAAAGGCAAAGAAAGGGGAAACCUUCAUCUCUAGGCAGGCUCCAGGCAUGUGCUUCGCUUUUCAUCCCAAGGACACAAACAUAUAUUUGGCUGGUACUGAAGAAGGUCUUAUUCACAAGUGUUCUUGUUCAUACAAUGAACAAUACCUAGAGACCUAUAGAGGACAUAAGGGUCCAGUGUAUAAGGUAACAUGGCACCCAUUUUGUCAUGAUGUCUUCUUAAGCUGCUCUGCAGAUUGGGGUGUCAUGAUGUGGCAUCAAGAGACUUUCAAGCCAGUUUUGAGUUUUUAUCCAACUACUUAUGUUGUUUAUGAUGUUGCCUGGUCACCAAAAUCAUCCUAUAUAUUUGCUGCUGCAAAUGAGAGCAGAGUUGAGAUUUGGGACCUUCAAAUCAGCACUUUGGACCCUCUGAUUGUGAAUGUUGCUAACCCUGGAAUCAAGUUCACAACCGUUCUCUUUGCCAGACAGACAGAUUGCCUUCUAGUGGGAGACAGUGAUGGACAGGUUGCUGUGUAUGAAGUGAGAAACAUGCCUGUUGCUUCGGAUAGUGGCAAGGGAGAUGUAAUAAACAAUUUGCUUGGACCCAAGCCAAAUCAACCAGGAUAACACAUCAUUCCUAAUAUAUUUUUGUUGUUGCUUAAAGAAAAAGGAAAUACUGCUUGGUUGUCUUUAUUAUAUACGGUAAACUAGGAUUUUGAUUUUUAGGUAGGAGUAUUUGAUAUUGCUUCCAUUUAAAGUAAAUUAGCAUUUAUUUCCAAAAUAUGUGAUUAGUUAAUAAUCUGAGCUAAGAAGUGUAUAUUGAUACAUAUGUGUACCUAUAAAAUGUCCAAAUGGCUUAGAAGAUUAUUUCUUUAAAUCAAAACUUGGAAAUUAUUGAAAUUACAUAAACCACAAUCUUUACAAGAUAAAAUUCCAUCCGUGUUUAUGUCUGUGUUCUAAGCUCUAUUUCUCAGGAUUGAUAAUUACGUAGUUGUUGCUGCAAUGUGAAUAGUGAGUUCUCAUACUCAGCCUUGAACCUCAGUGUCAGCCUUCUAAAUUGAAGACCUGAAGCUAGAGCUUUGUUAGACUGCUUGGCUAACAGUGAAACAGCAAAUAACCAGAAUCACAUUGCAUCAAGUCACCUUCCUCUGCAGGCCCAGAACCCACCGUGAAAUUUAAGCCCAGACUUAAAUGAACUCAGCCAGUAAAUAGAAGGUUUCUGACCUAUGGAUCAUGUCAGGAUAUUUUAUGAAGAGAUCUAGAGAGAGAUUGAAGUAAGGCUGGGAGUGUAGGCUGGGACUCCCCACAUUGCUAAGAGGAAGUGCAUGUGGUUCACCUCAACAGGUCUGUUCUGGAGCUCACCGAGGCCAUCGGAUGCAUGGCCUAUUCUGUAAAGUGUUUUGAGUAGAAAGGUGGGGCAUAUGAAACUCACGAGCCCUUUGAGGGACAUUUAGGCGUCUAUGACGGUGGAACUGGUGCGGUACAGCAAUGGGAACUUUCACAAGUACCCAGCGCUUCCUCCACCAUCGCCAUGUCUUUGCCACUAUCCAUUAAGCAAACACAAGGCAAUUUUUAGGCGCAUUGAGAGUUUAGCUCAGGUCAUAAAGAUUACAAACUUUCUGCUGGUACAAGUCUUUGUGGUUGUCUUUCUGAAUGAUUAAACUUUUUGUGUGAUGUAAAUAAAAACUUGAUUUAUUGAAAAGGUGUUACUUCUUAUUUUGCAUUUUGAUAGUUUUUAAAAGUUGACAUAAUCUUUAAUUUUUAAAAAUCAAUCCUAGCUGAAAAAUAAAGGUAUUAUUUUGGACCACAGACAACUGAUUUUAAGACACUAAACCUGGUUUUCUCCAACUU